UCCAUACAACUAACAUUGGUGUCUUUGGUACUUUAUUAUUACCAUGCCUAGGCAUCAUCUUUUGUUACCGCUUUUUCUUUAAUCAGUAGCCUUGGAUCGAUUGGUCGAUGGAUGUUGGGUUACUUUAAUCAGUACCCCUCCUUUUUCUCAGCGCCCAUAAUUCCUGGCGACCAUGCAAGUGUGGAUCCAUGUGACCCUGAAGCUUCUUGGAAGAAGAAGAAGAUGGCGCGGCCAAGAUCUCAUGCCGUCGACCGCCACCUCUAUAUAUACCCAUGAAACCCUCCGGACCAAACUCCAUGCCAAAACACACAGGUCCUUGUUGCAUCCAUACACAGUUCAUUGCAGGCUACCAGUACUUUCAACAAGCAAUCACCAUCAGCAGCACCAGGAGUUCUUGAUCUCUCGUUUGCAUAGCUAGCAUUGCGUCGGUCAACUAAUUAAGGUAGUAGGCUAGUAGCUGCAUUUUCUUGCAUUGGCCGUUGAUUGGAGAUCCAAGAUGAAGAAGGCGACCAGGUACCUGAAGCAGCUCUUCGCCGCCGUCGUGGCGGCGGUGAAGUCCACGGCGGUGGGCACCAGGGCCAGCUCCCUGCGGACGCGCCUCAUCGUGCUCGGCAUCAUGCGCAACAAGAAGCUCCUGCUGAGCGCCAUCCAGAGCAAGAUCCACGCCAUCAUGGGCGGCGCUAGCAGCAGCGGCCAGGGCGGCUACGGCAAUGCGGUGGCCACCCACGGCGGCGGAGAGGACGGCACGACGACUGAGGGCGCAGGACGUGGCGGGGCCGGCGGGCACCUGCUCCUCGGAGGCGGCAGGAAGGCCGCCGUGCUGCAGAGCCUGCCGAGCUUCGUGGUGGAGCAGGAGAGCAGGGCCGUCGUGCUCAGCAGCCUGCCGAGCUUCGCGCUCGAGCGGGACGGCGGCGCGGAGGAGGUGGUGGAAUACAACGAUGGCAACUGCGAGAAGCAGGCGAUCGCCGCCGCCGCGGCGUCGGCGGCGGAGGGGGAGUUCCGGCUGGAGGACGAGAUCGACCGCGUGGCGGACGUGUUCAUCCGGCGGUUCCACGACCAGAUGAAGCUGCAGAAGCUCGAGUCCUUCAAGAGGUUCUGCGAGAUGCUCGAGAGGGGCGCCUGAUCAUCCCAUCCAUGUCCAUGCAUAUGAUGGCCCCUGCUACUGAAUACUCCUACUACUGAUCAACUAAUCGACUGCGUGGUGGUUACGGUCGAUCCUAAUUGACUAAGAAAGAGUUUGGAGGUGUAUCUAUUACCUAGAAUAAAUAAGUGACAAGAAAAUCAAGCUCGUUUCUUGGAGUAAAAUUGGAGGGUGUUUGGGCUGGAGAGAGAUGUACUCAUGUUCUUGUUUUCUUUUAUGGAGAUUUGAGCUGUCUCCUUCCGAAUUACUAGAGCAGAAUUAAUUCGAAUGAAAAUCUCGAUCUCUGACCCAA